AGAAGCAAUUUUUCUUAGUUCACUAUCAGACACCACUAGGAAAAAGAAAAAGCUCAUGUGAAUGUGACAAUGGAAGCUAAGCCUCUUCGUAUUGUUCCCUCUUCACACAACACUUCUGGUUUCUCUUCCACUCUCUUCUCUUUUACCCAUUACAUGUUUCAUCAUUUCUACCUUUUUUACUCUCUCUCUCUCUUUUUAUCUCUUUAUCUUCUUAUUAUUCUUAUAUUUACUUUGUGGUUUGUGUGUCUUUUUUUUUCUUUUUUUCUUUUUUUGAGGGGAAGGAAGUGGUGGACCCCAGAAGAAGAUUGACAUGGGACACACGAUGAAAGGUGGCGAUGUUGAUGAAGAAGAGAAGAAAAGGGUUGUUAUGGUUAAGGAAGAGAAGAACUCUUCCCCUGUUGAACUUGAUAUUGGGGUUGCUGCUAUUUCUGCAUGCCCCAACAAGUGUUGUCUCUUCACAGAGGCUCAGAAGCGUGAGCUUGACCAUCAAGUUCUCAUCUUUAACCACUUUGCCUAUAACCUUCCUCUUCCUCAUCACCUUGUUCAAUUCCCAACCAAUAUGUCAGAAUAUACUCGCUUUGGUUUUGAUUAUGGGAGUAUGGUGGAUCCAGAACCAUAUAGGUGUAGAAGAACUGAUGGUAAGAAAUGGAGGUGUGGUAAGAAGGUAGUACCUGAUCAGAAAUACUGUGAAAGACACAUGCAUAGAGGUCGUAAUCGUUCAAGAAAGCCUGUGGAAACAUCUCAAGUUAACUCUCCUUUGAUAACAAAACCUUCUGGCAAGUUACAUACCAAAGUAGCAUCACACACAGAAUCUGCAGUUUCAAAUCCAAACCUUUUGGCCAUUCAACCUAGUGGCACAUCUUCGUGUGCCCCAUCAAGGAGCCUCUGUAUUGUCAAUACCUCUUCAGCUAAUGAUAAUAGAUCAAAAAAUAUCACAGGUUUUUCUGGCUCCACUGUUGCUAGCAUGGCAUACGUUGCUUCAGAUAACAGAAGUUGCUUAGAUAUAUGCAAGAAAGAUAACCAGACCAAGAGCUGUAUCAGCAACAACAUCAGUAUUAGAAGUGGUGGGAAAGGAAGCAUUAUUUAUGAUAGUAAUGGCAUCUCUACUGGAUUUGGCUUCUCCCCGAAGAGUGUUCUUCAAGGUAAUAAUGUUUCUGGUUGCAAUCAUCCAUACCUCAAUGACAGAAACAGUAUAGAACCUGAACCUGGUAGGUGCCGUAGAACAGAUGGUAAGAAGUGGCGGUGCAAGAGUGCUGUUCUUCCUGGUCAAAAGUAUUGUGCCACACAUAUGCAUAGAGGUGCUAAAAAGCGUUUCACAAACCAUGAACCAGCUACUACUACUACUGCUACUUCUACUGUUACCAUUGCUAGGUUACCUUACUCUACAGUAGCCACAACCAACAUUCAGCAAGCAUAUUGUAAAAUUCCAAAUACAAAUCUUUCCAUGUCAGUACCAGCAAGUGCACCAUUCAUCCAAUGUAAUGAGAAAAGUCCUAGCAGCAGUGACACUGAUACCACCAUCACUGACACCAUGAAUGAGUGUAGCUAUUCUUCUUUCUAAGAAGAGGUUUCGUUUCUCAAAAACCUGUUUUGUGUGUAGUGAACA